GGGCUGUGUAUGCUAGUAGCUAUGCCUGUAGCUCUUUGAAGCAGCUCCGAUGUGAUUUGUAAGCAGGCUGUGUAUGUGUGUGUUUGAGGUCUAACCAUGUCUGAGCUGUUUAUGGAAUGUGAGGAGGAGGAGUUGGAGCCGUGGCAGAGGGCAAUACCGGAAAUCAGUUUGAUCGAUGACGACGAUGAUGACGAACCGAUAUUCGUAGGGGAAAUCUGCAGCUCCAAGCCGACUCCUAACAUCAGAACAGGUGUUGGCUAUCAGCGUAACCAACCAAAUGUGACAUUCCAACGGGUCCCUGAACUGUCUUCACCGCAAAAGACCGGUCAGGCAACGAUAAACGCUCCCAAACCGUCUCCUCAGCCCAAUGUCCGAGGUGCAUCACAGCCAGUUUUUAUCCCCAGCAGCUCCCAAUCAGCACCACAGCAAGCUGGACCCAGAUUACUAAACACUGUAUCCCCUCAGCCAAUCAUCAUCAAUAGUCAGGGAUAUAUAGUGGCAUCACCACAAAACCUCAACAAUAAUAACUCAUCAUUUGUCACAUCCCCGCGUUCUCAAUAUCCACAAGGAACGGCAUUCACUGUUGUGCCAGCAGGUCAGCCGGCGGUGCAGCAGGUCACUGCAUCGCCUAAACCAGUGCCAGGUGUCAUCCACAGGCCCCAAGUGCAGUUAAUCCAAAACAACGUGGUGACUCUGUCUAACGUCCAGGGCCCUGCUGAUAUCUCUACCCUGUCACACUCCACUGCCAGCCCACACUCUAUCCAUCACAGCCCUCUAAGCAAACCCAGCUCUACCAAACUCAUCCCACCUACUCUACAAGCUCUGAACAACCGGGAUAACGGGAAAAUGAAACGUAGCUUCCUGUCUGACUCGAACAACAGCACUUCAAAAAGAACUAAAAUUGACAUGGAGAAUGAGAGCCCCUUGACUAGGAAAUGUCCCAAAUGUGACAUUCAGUUUACAUUGAUGGAUCCCUUAAAAACUCACAUGCAGAUCUGCUGCCCAAACUUAUUGGACACAAUCCUGCCUUCGACCUCAAAGACUGACAGAGCUGCAAUGCCAGUGCGAUUGUAUGAAGCGGAGCGAGGAAAGCUCAUCAUGCUGGUGUCCGAGUUUUAUUACGGGAAGUGCGAGGGUGAUCAGACUGCUGCGCGUGAACAGAAGUCCAACACAACUUUCAAGUGCAACAGUUGUUUGAAAAUCCUCAAGAACAACAUUAGGUUUAUGAAUCACAUGAAGCAUCAUCUGGAGCUGGAGAAACAAAACAGUGAGAGUUGGGAGAGUCACACUACUUGUCAGCACUGUUACCGGCAGUAUUCCACUCCCUUCCAGCUGCAGUGCCACAUAGAAAGUGCCCACAGCCCCUACGAGUCCACCACUAAUUGUAAGAUCUGUGAAUUGGCCUUUGAGACAGAACAAGUGCUUUUGGAGCACAUGAAGGACAAUCACAAACCAGGCGAGAUGCCAUAUGGCUGUCAGGUCUGCAACUACAGAUCGUCGUUCUUUUCAGACGUAGAGACCCAUUUCCGCACCGUCCAUGAAAACACUAAAGACCUCCUUUGUCCUUUCUGCCUUAAAGUCCUGCGCAGUGCGCACAUGUACAUGCAGCAUUACAUGAAACACCAGAAAAAAGGAAUUCAGCGCUGUGGAAAGUGCAGAUUGAAUUUUCUCACUUACAAGGAGAAAGUGGAACACAAAACGCUUCAUCAUCGGACUUAUAAAAAGCCAAAAAGCCUUGAAGGACUUCCUCCAGGAACGAAGGUGACUAUUCGAGCUUCAGUCAGUGGAGGAUCUACGAUGUGUCCCUCUGCUCCUGGCAAAUCAUACGUCAACCUCAUUCCCAUGAGUCCUGAGAUGGUCAGAAUGACUCCUCACAAGUCCAAUUCCAACUUCGGAAAGUUGAAGACAAAGCAGAGCAAUAAGAAUCGUUUGUCCUUACCCAACACUGAGCUCAAAGGCUUGACACUCUUACCCGGAGUGCACAAAUGCAUCGAGUGUCAGAAUGAAGUUACAGACGCAUACAGCCAUUACCCUAUAUUACUAAAAUGUUUUGUAUGCAAGUACUGGACGAGCUGUCAGAUGGCUUUCAGAAGACAUAGGCUGAGGUUCCACAGCAGUUCAAUAAAACCAUCGUUGAACAGGAUGAACAUACCCCUGCGUGGCGUACGGAGUUUGACUCUCGUUUGUUUGAACUGUGAGUUCCUGACCGACGCAUCUGAUUCAAACCGCAUGUGUGAGCACCUUAUCAGCAGACCCAACCACAGCUGCCAGGUCAUUUUAGAGACAGAUGCAGAUUCGACAGCGGAGAGGAGUACACUUUCUAACACUGAUAAGGUUGAGGCCCAAAGUGUAGUAGCAGAAGUGAGCAGUUCUGACAACUCUGAAGAACCCAAAGUGGCAUCGGGACAGAAUGAAAUGGAAUCUCUGAGCAUCGGUAACGUGUGGAGCGAUGGAAGUGUAUCUGAGCCAGUUAAAAAAGAGGUCAAUCCAGAGCAGACAGUUGCAGACCAGGAAGCUAAAGACGAGUUAGGACCUAAAAGUGUGGAGCCCACAACUGAGAAUGGCUCAGUGAGGACAGAACCCGAGAACACUGAUGCGCCCUGCAACCCAAUCGAAAACGGAGGCGGAGUGAGCGUGGAUGACUUUCUGAAUAAAGGCGACAAAGCCGAGACUAUAAGCGCGGACUCCAUGCUGGAGCCUCUCAUUCCAUCCAAGGUCCUCGAAAGCCAAGAAGCCGAGAAUGGACGAGAAGCCAAGAACGGGCCAGGACCUACGAAAGACAUUUCGCCUAACAGUAAAAGAGACAGUGAGGAGGUGGAGGAGAAGGAGGAGAAAGACAAGGAGGAGGAGGAGACCUCAGACCUCAUAAGCACCUAGAAAACUUUAGCUUUAGAGUAGCAUAGGACAAGAACAUUUUUACUUUUACAUAUUUUUUAAUCUAACUGUAAAACUUAGUUAACGGUUGUUACUUCAUGUAAGACUUCCAGUGGUAUGGGAUGUUGAUCUAUUGGAACUGAAAAGAAAAAAUAUUGCUGUUUGUGAUUAAACUUGAAUCAAGGAAGAUUGAUUGUGUUACUGUGCUCCAGCACAAAGUAUUGCCUUCCUUGCCCAUUUCAGAAGCAAACUGAGAGACUGUGAAAUCACCUGUUAUUAUAAUCAGCAUUGCUUUUUACUAAUGUCAGGCCAAUACCUGGCACACAAUUAUGAUUUACUGGUUCUUGGAUUUUAGGUAAGACUGUGCAUCGGUUGUUCUGUACUACACCACGGUGUACCUGACUGAUAAAUCAACUCUAAAAAAGUGCUGUAUUGCUUUCGUGUAAAAUAUUCUUUUUAUACUUAUUUUAAAUAAAUAGGAAAAGGAGGUUUUAUCAGUAACACUGUUCUAGUUACAUCUGCUCAGUGGAUUUCAGGGGUGAGGCUUCAUCAAAUGUCUUCGCUUGAAAUUAAAACAAAUAAAGAUAAACAAUUCUUAUAUUACA